AUGGCGCCAAUAAUGGCGAAGGCCGGGUUUCAUCUCCGUCAGCUUCCUUUCCAUACUUUCUCUCUGUUAGAAACCCCAAAACUCCUUUCCCAAUUCCAAUACCCCUCAAUUUUUGUCCCCAACCAUCAUCAUCGUCAAUUUCUCCUGCUCUUCUCCUCAUGGAACCUCCAUAUUUGCAAGUGUUACAAAGCAGACGAAUUCAAUUUCGGCGCUGAAGAUGAUGAUACUGAAGAUUUUGAUGACAGUUUGGAGCAGUGGUUUGACGUCCUCGAUGAUUAUUUUGACAGCAUCUGGAUUUUCAAGGUUUUUGGAUCCUUUGGCUGGAGUCUUCCAUUUAUCCUAUCCUCAAUGCUUCUCGUAACUGGUCCAAAAGCUUUCCUAAUGGCGUUAGCCCUUCCUAUUGGCCAGUCGACUCUCGCAUUCGCAGUGCAAAAAUUACAGAAUUGGGGAAAGGUGAAGCUAAACCUUAAGAACAAAACCAAGAGGCGAAAAUCACGUGCUUACAGCUCAAGAAAAGGGAACUUUGAACAAAAUGCAGAGUGGAUUGACAGUAAAGGGCCACGAAAGAGGAAAAAAAGAUGUCGAACUUCGAGAACGAGAAAGGAUGUUUCGAUUGGCGGCAGUCAUAGUGGGGCAACCAAGUUCGGGGGGUGGGACGAGUUAGAUGCAGCGGCUGAGUCCAUGUUUGGGUCUUCCGUGAAAGUUGGUCAAGAAUCAAACGAAAUGCGAGGCGGCCACGAAGUAAAAGGUGAAGCAGUACAUUCUUCCAUUAUUAAAGCUAUGGGGUCUGGCAGGAAUAGUGGAUUUUUCGCUCCGGCAGCCAUCCAUCCCAGCUCUCACACACAGCGCCAUCGUCCGUCGCUCUCGCCUGAUGGUUUCCGGCGACUUCGGGAAAGCAAAUAUGGAGGUCAUCCUGUCGAACAUCCGCCGGAGAGGACAAAUCUAAAUCGCUGGAAGUGUUCAGCUCCCAAUCGCCGCACCCUCUCCGACGUCUCCUCUGUUCCACACCGAUCGCCGACGCAACCAUCCAACCACCAGAAAUCGCCGCCUCCCCUGUCCCGCCGGCCAUCUCCCGCGACGAGCACGUCCAGUCAAAAGCUCAGACGAAACUCCGCCCAGAUCCGCCAUCAUGUCCGACGCCAUCGGAGAUCCCUUCAUGUCCGGCGUCUCAGUCGCGGUGGAGUGGAGAUGACAUUGUCGGAAACCUCUGCAAAAAUGAACGAUGGACUGUGGCUGCAAGUUGAUUAA